AUGAACUUCUAUUCAGCAGUCGAAGUACAAGUAACAAAGCGUGAAAGUGUGGAUGGAUGGAGUAAGUAUCAGUUGAUGGUACUGGCAAUAUACAAGCGUGAUGCUGGAAUUCGUUUACGCCGCGGUGAACAGUCAUUAUGGAUAUCUGGUAAACGCAUUGCUUGCAGAUGUCCCAAAAUACGAAUUGGGAAAAAAUAUCUCAUACUUGGUCGGAAUGAUACCAAUGAUAUAAGUCGACCAGGAAUUGUUUUUGGCACAAGAACAGUUGUACUGGAAUGGAACGAUGGAGAUUUGGAGAAAAUUAUGCGUUUUUCCAAAAAAGAGAAGAAAGGUCAAUGUCCAGCAAGGCGACGAUUUUGA